CGAUAGAUUCAGUGCAACUGUUCGGCGACUGUGCAACCACCAGACUCGAUUCCAUUGCGCCGUCAUGGAGGGCACAUCGACGACUCAACCGGCGACGCCGUCAAGUAACCCGCUCCGACAGCCCAAGAAGCGAUUCGUGGGCCGACGCACCGCCGACGCCCAAGCACAGAAGGAGGGAUCAAACCACCAAGAUGUCGAGACGACGAGCAUACAGAAAGCGACACCACGACGCACACCGCGCACACUGAACCAAGUCCCCGCUUCGAUCCUCGAAGACCCCGACAUCCAAGCGGCAAUUGGGCUGCUACCGAAAAACUACUCCUUCGAAAUUCCCAAGACAAUUCACCGGAUCCGCACCUCCGGCGCAAAGCGUGUAGCGCUGCAAUUUCCCGAGGGACUCCUCAUCUUCGCGACGACGAUCUCAGACAUCCUGACGCAGUUCUGCGCGGGGAUCGAGACGCUGAUCAUGGGGGACGUGACGUACGGGGCGUGCUGCAUCGACGACUACACGGCGCGGGCGUUGGGAUGCGACCUGCUGGUGCACUACGCGCACAGCUGCCUGAUCCCCGUGGACGUGACACAGAUCAAGACGCUGUACAUCUUCGUGGACAUCAGCAUCGACACGACGCACCUGCUGGCCACGCUGGAGCGCAACUUCCAGCCCGGCCGCACCAUCGCCACCGUCGGCACCAUCCAGUUCAACGCCACGCUGCACGGCCUGAAGCCCGUGCUGGAGCGCGCCGGGUUCAAGGUCGUGAUCCCCCAGAUCACCCCGCUCUCCAAGGGCGAGAUCCUCGGCUGCACCUCCCCCACUCUCGCCGCCGACCAGAUCGAUUACCUUCUCUACCUCGGCGACGGCCGCUUCCACCUCGAGUCCGCCAUGAUCCAUAACCCCGCUAUCCCCGCCUACCGCUACGACCCCUACGCCCGUGUCCUCUCGCGCGAGAGCUACGAGCACGACGAGAUGCACACCCUCCGCCGCGACGCGAUUCAGUCCGCCCGCUCUGCGAAGAAGUGGGGCAUUAUUCUGGGCGCGCUGGGUCGCCAGGGGAAUCCUAAUACCAUGGCGAUGAUCGAGAACCAUUUGAAGGAGAAGGGGAUCCCGUUUGUGAAUUUGCUGUUGAGCGAGAUCUUCCCCGGUAAGCUGGGCGCGAUGGCCGAUGUCGAGUGCUGGGUGCAGAUCGCUUGUCCUCGGCUGAGUAUUGACUGGGGUUAUGCGUUCCCGCGCCCGCUGUUGACGCCGUACGAGGCGUUGAUCGCGCUGGGGAUUAGGGAGAGCUGGGACACGGCCAACAAUGGCGUGUACCCGAUGGAUUUCUAUGCCAAGGAGGGCUUGGGCAGGACGAAGCCCAGCCAGGCGAUCUCCGGGUCGGCGUGAGCUGAGUCGCGAAUGACACACGGGACCGUCCGUGACUUUGGGGUUUUCAUGAUGUAUAUGACUCGAUUCUCUUUCAUUUUCCUUCUCUGCAUAUGUGCCACAUGGGUAUAGGGGUGGUCGACCAAAAAAGCUAGCUUAUGAUUAUAGAAUAGACAAGCCUCAAUGAUAUCACUUGG